UUCCGGUGCGGACUAAGUUGCUCUUCCGGGGUGAUUGCCACCGCUUCCGGGGCGGGGCGAGGCUUGCAGCUGGGGUCGCCGUGUUUCAGCUCCCUCCUGGCCUGUGUCUCCGCGCUAGCUGCUGCAAUGAGCUUCCUCAAAAGUUUCCCGCCGCCCGGCUCGGCUGAGGGGCUCCGGCAGCAGCAGCCGGAGACCGAGGCUGUGCUGAACGGCAAGGGCCUCGGCACCGGCACACUUUACAUCGCUGAGAGCCGCCUGUCUUGGUUAGAUGGCUCUGGAUUAGGAUUCUCACUGGAAUACCCCACGAUUAGCUUGCAUGCAGUGUCCAGGGACUUAAAUGCCUAUCCACGAGAGCAUUUGUAUGUUAUGGUGAAUGCCAAAUUUGGAGAGGAAUCAAAAGAAUCUGUUGCUGAAGAAGAAGAAGAAGAAGACAGUGAUGAUGAUGUUGAACCUAUUGCUGAAUUCAGAUUUGUGCCUAGUGAUAAAUCAGCAUUGGAGGCAAUGUUCACUGCAAUGUGUGAAUGCCAGGCUUUGCAUCCUGAUCCUGAGGAUGAAGAUUCAGAUGAUUAUGAUGGAGAAGAAUAUGAUGUGGAAGCACAUGAACAAGGACAGGGAGACAUCCCUACAUUUUAUACCUAUGAAGAAGGAUUAUCCCAUUUAACAGCAGAAGGCCAAGCCACAUUGGAGAGAUUAGAAGGAAUGCUUUCUCAGUCUGUGAGCAGCCAAUAUAACAUGGCUGGAGUCCGGACAGAAGAUUCAGUAAGAGAUUAUGAAGAUGGGAUGGAGGUAGACACUACACCAACGGUUGCUGGACAGUUUGAGGAUGCAGAUGUUGAUCACUGAAAAUGAUUUAUGCUGCUGUGGGAUUCUGCUCGUAACUAGGAAAGAACUUGGUGCCUCUUCUAUUGUGGAGUGGAUGUUGAUGAGAUCUUUUUCCUUCUCCAAAUUUUACCUGAACCAGUUCUUUUUUGAGACUAUACUGAGACAGAAAGUUGUCACCAGCAGAAGAAACUAUGACCUUUAUUAACAAAGGUGAAUUAACUUAACCAGUAGGGUAUUUGUAGUUUAUCAUCUACCCCAAAAUUUCUGUGUAUAGGUGCCCUCUGAGUAGGCCUAUAGUUCCAGCCUUCACUAUAUGCAUCUUCUGUAACCUGGCAGACCUACCUGAGAAUGCGCAGGCACUUGAAGACGUAGGUAGACUGGAUGGGAAGGAGGGAGGCUGAAUCUAAGAUAAACCCUUUUACAGUCUAAGAGUCCCAUUACCCCUUAAAAAGAAAGACAGAGAGAUCUCAGAGAAAUCUUGGCCUCUGCUCGUUCUUCACAGGGAUAAGGGUUUUUUUUUUUUUUUUUUUUUUUUUACUAAUUUGGGACCCAGAUUAAUUAAUUCAGGCACCUUUAGGGAGCCUCUUGGGAAAUACCCUAGCCACAUAAAAUACCACUAACACGGAUGCUUCUGACUAGCUUUUACUCCUUUCACCAUGUUUCACCAGUCUGUUUUGUUAUAACCUCUUAGGUUAUGUCCUUUAAUUUCUAACCUCUUAGGUCGGUUUCCAUAACAAGUGAAAUUGGGAUGAAAUCCUCAGAGUGCUUCAAUGAUAAUUGUUUUGUCUUUGUAAUAGUUUAACAAAUAAAUCUAGGUUUUCUA